UUGUUCAUUUCUAGGCCCCUUUUUCCCUCUUACUCUUUAAGGUGUAUUGGUAGUUAGUACAAGUCACUUUUGUUUCAUGAUUCAUCAAGAAAACUUGGCCUAUAAAGCAUAUUAAUUUUUGCCUAAUAUGUUUUCAAUCAUAUAUAAUUAAAACGAGUUAGUAAAUUGUUAGUAAAUUUUUUGAUAUAUUGUCAAUUAUCGGUGAUACUCCUUUUCCUUUGCAAUUUCAAAGGGCCGAGUGAGCAGUAAUUGCAAUUUGUGUACUCUUUGACUGUCAAAUUUCAUUUCUUCACUAGCAUUAGUUUCCAACUUUAUGUUCAGAUGUUACCAUUAAGUUUUGUUGGAGCACCGGUUCAAAUGACAAAGCGCCAUUGGAGAGAUUUAAUGCAAACUUUGUACGCGAAUCACUUUGAUCCGAAAAAAGACGAAGAGUUGAAGCAGUCUAAAAUAGAUGUAGAGAACAAACUGCCAAAGAUUUUGAAGCUCGUAAAAGAGCGACGUCAUAACAGCAGGAAGAACAGAAAUUCAGAAGCAAAUUUGAGAAAAGAAUCAGAACUUAUUGAACUGAUUGAGGAUUUUCACAAAUAUUUUCAAUUUGUUUAUGACCAAUAUGAAGAUCUGAGAGGACACCUAUCUCAAACUGUUAAUGGAGCAAAAGAAGAUGAAGGCUACUUUACGGCCGCCACUUCUAGUUCAGAUUCAGAGACGGAGUCAGAUGUGGACGAGUCGAUUCACAUAUCUGUAGAUAAGGAAUCCUUGAUGAACAAAAUAGAGGAAAAUGAGAAAAUUAUAGAAAAUUUAAAAGAAAAAUUCGACAAAAAGGGAAGAGAAAUUUCAUCCCUUGCUGAGAAGCAGAAGCUUUGUGUUGGAGAAAUUUCGGGUUUGGUUAAGAAAUUAGAAUCAGAGCUCGGUUCAGUCAAUGUUAAGUUGGAUGGAAUGUGGUCAGGAGAAAAGGCGCUAGAACAGCGAGUGGAGAACGAAGAACUGCAAGAUCAGGCGUGUAAAUUGGAAGCGAGGAUGAAUGAGAUCAACGAAGGGGUAUCUCGACUGGUAACGACAAAUGGGACUGAUGGUGUAAUUGAAGUAGAUGUGUCGGUUUUUGAGGCGCCUGAACUAAAGGAGUUGGUAUUACAGGUGAAGAAUCUGAAGCAAAAUGCGGAUUGGUUGAUCAAUGCUCGGAAAAAUGAAACGAAAGAAGAAAAGGGUCAUCGAAAUAAUAGCAGCUCGAUAAUGCAUGAAAACUUGCUCGAUCAGGUGAACAAAAUGAAGCGCGAUCUAGGGAACAUGAGAAAGAAGAAUUCAGAACUCGAGUCGAAUAUCAAGAAGAAAACGAGAGAAAAUUUGGAGCUCGUGUCGCAGGUAGAAGAACUUCGGAAAAUGUACAAGGAGAAAGAGGAUUCGCUUGUGAGAAUGAAGAAUGUAGAUGUCGAGGUUCAGAAUUUGCGUGGAAAGUUAAGUGAAAGAGAGAAGUUGAUGGGAAGAAAAGAGCAAGAAAAUUUUAGGUUAUCGCGGGAAAUUGAGGUGUUGCAAGAGAAGGUGGCAAAGAUGGAGAAGAUACUAAAAGAGCGAGAAGAACAAUUUGUUGUGCUUCAAACGAGACUUGAGAAUGGCGAUGAUGAUAAGUCGGCGCAAAUUGUAGCUUUGACGGCUCAGAUUAACCAUAUCGAGCAGGAGCUUGAAUUGAUGAAUGAAUUUAAAACAGAGAUCAACAUAAAGAACAAUGAUAUCGGUAAGCUAAUUGAAGAGAAGGAUUCGCUUCAAGAAAGAAUAUCGGCACUAGAGAAGAAGCUGGAAGAUAAAGGAGACGAGUUUUCAAACUUGCCGAUUGAUAUGUCUACGCAAAUAGUGGCCUUAACUCGAGAGGUAAGCCAGCUGCAACGAGAGAAAGACAUGGAAAAGAAGCUCGACGAGCAGAUAAGUUUUCAUGAUCGAGAGAUUAGCGAGUUAGGAGAAGAGAAAGAAAGCUUCGAAGCAAAGAUUUUGGAGCUCGAAAUAACAUUGACUGAACGAGAAGAUCAGAUUGUCGAUCUUCAGAGAAAGAAUCAAAUCGCGGAGAAUGAAAUAAGUUACUUACAGGAAGAAUUGUCUGUCGAAAGGAAAAAGUUUUCGGAAAAACUUAGCCAGCUCGAAAAUUUGAACUCUGAGCUGAGUUCCAGGGUUUUAGAUCAGCAAAUCGUCUUAAAACAGCAUGAAGAAACCGCACACAAGUUAAAGGAGGAUUGUAAAUCGGUGAAAGGACAGUUAUUACAGGCUGCAGACAGGAAAAUGGAUGAAGUAGCAAAAGAAUUUAGGAAGAAUUUCGAGGGUAAGCUUCGUAUAUUGAGUCAGCGUAUAAGAGUAGCUGAGCAACUUCAUGGCGAGAUCAAGGAGACCUCGAAGAGGAUGCAAGAGCGUUGUAAGCAAGAACAUCCCGGUCUUGAGAAAAAACUUAGUCAAUUCAUGUCAUCGGGAAAAGCUGAGCUACAAACAGUUUCUCGAGCAGUCGAUGAAAUGAUGAAGGGAAUGGAGUGUUUGAUAACGAAAUUUGAGACCAAGGAAGGGUGUUUUUUACAAAGGUUAUCUCGAGUUUCUGAUGAGAUUCAAGUUGUAAAGAACCGAAUGAAAUCGUGCAUGAACGAACAUCAAGGAUCGCCCUUUACAUUGAAAAUGGAUGAGAAGGAACAAGAUAAAAUUUUGAAGGAAAAGGUGAAGAGGUUAGAGGGUAAGGUGAAUAAGGAGAAGGGUGAUAAGCUGAAGUUAAUGAGAAGUGUGUAUGAGAUGCAGAAGAAGGUGGGCGAUUUGGAGAAAGACAUUGUGGAGAAGGAUGAAGAGUUGUCGAGAUUAGGCAAUGAGAAGGUGGAGGCGAUACGACAAUUAUGUAUGUGGAUUGAUUAUCGACAAAGCCGCGGAUUUGAUCAGCUCAAGGAAUUGAUGUUGGUAAACAAGAUAGUUAAGGAUCAAGGAGGAACUUAAACCUUGUCUUCCCUUUUGUAGCAUUCAUUCUUUCAUCCACUCUUUGAAUUUUGUUCUACUAUUUCACUUAGGAACUCCUACAUUCAAACAACAGCAAAAACGACGACUCCCGCCUAAACAGAUAUGGAGAUCAGUUGUAUGCAAUCUUAUCAUUGUAAUCACUUAAUGGAUUAAAUGAAUAUGUUUAUUAAAAGUACACAAUUUUACUUUUGUAAUGACAAAGAAAUUGUUUUCGAUAAGGAGUUCCUACAACUCCAAACUCUAUUUUUGGG